CGAGAUAGACGUCGCCUAUAUAAUCUUUUCUUUCACCGUAACCCUUCAAACAUUUCACAGCCGGAGAAAUUACAGGCAAGACUGAUCGGAAAAGCACCUUAUUUUCUAGCAAAACAAAAUCCGCACCCUACCAAAAUGAAGAUUCUGAAUCUUGAGUGGCUCGUAGCACUAUUCUGUAUAUCAAAGUUGGCAAUUGCCAAUACCAUCUUUCAUUGUGGUAGUAUUCCUAUAACAGCAGAAGAUAUAAAGACAGCAUAUAACAACUCCAAGUCAGCACCUAUAGCUGGAUAUCCUACAAUCAUGAGAAUUCAAUAUUUCGAGGAUGCUUUUAAUUAUACUGCUUAUCCCAUGUUACUGAACGGAGCAACCAGUUUGACAAAUCCUAAUGGUCACUACUUCUUAGUCUGGACUGAAAAUUUUAGCAACUGGAAUGUAAUAAUGAAACUUAAUACGGAAACUAAAUUCUGUCAAAUGACAAGUCAAUAUUGGGGAAGUAGCUUACAAACAAUAUUAAAUUUGUGA